AUAACCACAAGAUGGCGUAGUACAUGCGACGCUGCUUUUGACGUUCGUGUAUGAGUUUUUUUUUUGGUUCCUUCUACUUUGAAAACGGCAGGAAGCAAAAAUUGUUAGUUCGGUGCUUAGCCUUCGCUAGUCUGAUUGAGGAUGUGGUGGAAAGACUUGAGUACGAUAAAAGAGAUUCAACAGAAAAGGAUUUCGAUUUCGAGUACAUAGUACGCGAGACACACGAGGUCCCGCGAUUGGCCAGUUUAUGAGACGACGAUGGCUCCGUGAGGAGAGAACAUGGCUGCGACGCAAGCCGAGAGCCAACAAAACGAUGUGAAGCUGAACGAGUCCGUGAAAUGUGCACAGAAACGUCCGCAAGUCGGUGGGAAUAGUGCAAGUGUUAAUACGAAGCAGCAGCUGGAUCCAGAGCCGGGUGAUAAAGUAUCCCGGGGCGCGGCCCAGCUGCUUAAAUAUGUGAAUCGCGGCGGGGACACGGGUUUCGAGAUGAGUCAAUACCGCGAGGACAUUGGUGGACACACUGCCGGUGAAGUAAAAUCACCUAGAGAAGCUGGACAGGCUCCUCAAGAAUCUAUUGGCAAGCAAGAGCCUCUCGAUACGCCCGGGCAUCCAAACCAUCCCGGACAUCCGUUUACGUCGAACGUUAUACGUGAUUACCCUGAGGAGUAUACCAAUAAAUCAAACGAAUUUCCCUCCAAAUCAUUGACUGAAUAUCCAAGUAAACAGGUACCAGAAUAUAUAGGAAAGCAUGGAGACUUUCCAGGAAAACAAUUGGAUUAUCAUGGUAAACACUUAAUACAUGAAAGUGAAAGAGUUCAUCGAGCAGAAAUGGAAGAGCAUUAUGCAGCUUCCAAGAUUGAAUCACGAUUGGCAUAUGUAGGAGCUACACCAAGCAGUUUUCCAGGACAACCAAGGUUUCUAUCAGGACAAAGUAUAUCACAAGCUACUGGUCCAACACCUACAUUAAAUCAGUUACUUCAAGCAUCUACACCUGUACAUCGUUUUCAUGGAAAUUAUCCUGGAAUGGGGCCAGAGCCAUAUCAACAACCAUGGCCCAUUCAACGACCUCCAGUUGUUCCUCCAGUGUAUCCACAACCUGGUCAACGUCCUCCACAGACGGGAUCACCAAGAUUACAUGCAGGUCCUGGAGGACCUAGUUCUCCAACUCCUAUGCCAUAUCAACAAUAUACACAACGUUAUUCUUCUCCUGCAAGACCUCAUGCACCAUACAGUCACCAUCAGCUAAAUUCAUAUACUACGCAAAGUAGCCAUCCUUCCAGUCUUUACACAGAACAAAGAGGUUGGAAUCAAGGUGGACCACCAAAUCCACCACCACCUCCGGCGAAUCAAACCAAUCCUUCCAGUCAGUCACCACAACGUGCUCUUUCUCAAUCUCCAGCACCACCACCUUCUGCAUCACCACAACCACAAUCAACUGGUCAAUCUCAAAGUUUUCACAAUCUACAGCAACGAUCAACAACUCCUAAUACUCAAGGAAUUGAUUCAGGGGAGUUAUCUGGACAAAACAGUAACGAUAGUUCGAAUGGACCUGCUUGUCCGGGAACACCUAAUUCACAGGGGAUGAGACCAACCCCUUCUCCUACAGGAUCUACAGGUUCUCGCUCAAUGUCCCCUGCUGUUGGUCAACAAAACGUUCAGAUGCCUCCACGUCCGUCAAGUAGCCAGUCAGAUGGUAGUGGACCAGCACGAAUGAGCCAUUCUCCUAUGACAACUCAAGGAGCAUAUCAACAACCAUUGGGUCCUUCACCACACAUGCAUAGUUAUAAAAUGAAUAAUACUGGUCCUGGUGUUGUUCAACCAGGACCUGGUUCAGCAAGCCUUGGUGGAAUGAAUCCAAUGGGUGGUGGUAUGGGAUAUGCAGCUAGUGGGACGGCUGCAGGCCAGCCUGGAGGUUAUCAUACGCAAGGUACCUAUCCACCUCCACGUCCACAUGUACAAUUUCCACAAGGAUAUCCAUCACCAGCUAAUUCACAACCACCACCUAAUAAUCAAUAUCAGACUUCUAAUAGACCUAAUAAUUUGGUGCAAUAUCCUCCAUACACUCAUAAAAUGGGAUUUAAUAGUGUACCACCAGGAAUGCCACCUAGUCCAGGUCCACCUCAAGUUUAUGGAGGUAGUAGUACAACAGGUAUGGUACCACCAGGUACUCCUGGAGUUGCUGUGAUUGGUAAUAUGGGCCCACCAGCAAGUUCAAUGGGUCCUCCACCACCAUCACCUAAUCAUAUUAGUAGUCAGCCACCACCAACUAGCUCAGCUGUACCACAUUUGCAUACUCCUGCGGCCACACCACCUCUCAAUCAUGAAGGAAGUCCAAUGCCUCCACCAAGUACUACACCUAAUUCACAUCCUACUUCAACACCAACACCAGCCAGUCAUAAUUCUGCAGAUCUUACAACUGAAACUUCUAAUGAUAGUGGUAUAACUACUACUGCUUCAGGUACUUCAGGUAUAAAUGUUACCUCUACUUCAAGUGGCACUGUUACAUCUGUAAUAACAACUGGUCCUGAUGGUACAUCUUUAGAUGAAGGUUCUCAACAAUCUACAUUGUCAAAUGCAUCAGCUGCUUCUGGAGAAGAUCCAGCAUUUACACCAAAGGUACGAAAAGAAAUGAUAGGAGGAUAUCACAGUCAUCCAACUACACCACAAAGUACAGUUCCAUCACCUGGCGCAGCGAGUAUUAACUCGAUACACGAAGAAUAUCCUGAUAUGAACAGUCCUGGUUGGCCACGUACUCCUGCUAGUCCUGUAUUUAACAGUCAUGUGCCUCAAGACCCGUACAGAUCUAAGAAACCAGACAGUUUAGCAAAGCUAUAUGAAAUGGAUGAUUCAAUGGAACGAAGAACAUGGCUGGAUAAAUUAGUUAAUUUCAUGGAAGAACGAAGAACACCUAUUACUAGCUGUCCUACCAUCUCCAAGAACCCCCUCGACUUAUUUCGGCUAUACCUCUACGUGAAAGAGAGGGGGGGCUUCAUGGAGGUAUGCAAGGUGACCAAAAACAAAACAUGGAAAGAUAUAGCUGGUUUAUUGGGCAUUGGAGCAAGUAGCAGUGCAGCAUAUACAUUACGAAAACACUAUACUAAGCACUUGUUGGCAUAUGAAUGCCACUUCGAUCGCGGAGGUGUGGAUCCUCAGCCUAUUAUAAAUCAAGUUGAAGCUGGUUCAAAAAAGAAACCAUCAAAAGCAACUGCUUCUGUACCCUCACCAGGAUCUUCCAAUUCACAAGAUUCGUUCCCUGCCGCUGGAUCAAGCAAUGCUUCCAUGGAUGGUUAUGGAAGUUAUCAAAGUAGUUAUACUGGAGGCACACCAGGAGGACCUUCGUCAGAAUAUACGCCUCCUCCUCCAAGACCUCCGAGUCAAAGUAGUGCACCUUCUCCGCAUCAAGGUGGUUUGAACCAGGGCGGGCAGAAUAGCACGAAUCCGUUCGACGACGGCGUGGGACGCCUUUUUCGCAAGUCGAACGCAACGCCCCACCCUGGUCCGCUACGAGCCUCAGGCAUACAACAAGGCAGUUACCAAAAUACAGGUUCCUAUCAAAAUUAUCCUCAAGAUCAAUACAUCCGGCCCCAAGCAAAUACAUUGUCACAACAGGGAGAAUUCAAUCAACCUUAUUCACCCCGAUCGCAUUAUUCACCUUAUGUACCAGAUGUUGACAGAGGAUAUCCAGGAGGAAAUAUGCCACCAAAUAAUGCUGGUGGGCAAGAUAUAUAUAAUAGAUACAGUAGUAGUCAACAACCUGCGAAUUACUCAGCAGGAACACCACCUAAUGCAAGAAGUAAUAGCUAUCCAUCUGCACCACAAGCGCAUCCAGCUACUGUACCACAACAAACAGCAACUAGCCAACCUUCUUCACCUUCACAGCCUUCUGCUGCUUCAUCUUAUUCUUGUCCUCAAGAUUACUAUCGACAAGAACAGGGAGGAUAUGGAGCUCCUGGAGGAACGCAGAUAUAUUCAGGUGGUGCAAAUGCAAAUAAAAAUAUGCCACCACCACCCCCAGGUCCUAACCCUCCUCGACGUCAUCCAGAUUUUGCCAAAGAUCAACAAUAUCCUCAGUAUAAUCAACAACGACCAGCGUAUCCAGGAUGGCCAAAUACCACAAAUCAAUACAAUAGUACUAGUGGAAAUAAUAGAGUUCAGUAUCCAUCUCAACAACCACAAUCUCAGACGCAACAACAACAACAACAAUCGCAACAACAAACACCCCAAUCUGCUUCUUCUACACCUUCUUCAGGACUUGCUAAUAAUCAACAAUGGGGUAGUCAACAACCAAAUAGAACUACCCCUCAACCAACAUUGAAUGCUAUAGCUCAUGCUCCUCCACCGUGGGAUCACCGUUAUUCGAAUCAACCGUCCCCUCUUUAUCCUGCACCUGGAAAUCAUCAGAAUCAGCUUGGUAUAAAUCCGAUGAUUAACCAGCAACCUACAUCAAAAAGAGAAAUGACAUUCCCUCCGGAUAGCGUGGAAGCAAUAACUCCACUUCUGUAUAAACGCCGGAAACUUACACGUGCUGAUGUAGCACCAAUAGAAGCUUGGCGUAUUAUGAUGGCUUUAAGAUCAGGCUUAUUAGCUGAGAGCUGUUGGGCUCUUGAUGUGUUAAAUAUUUUAUUAUUCGAUGAUUCUUCUGUAAGUUAUUUUGGGUUGGCACACUUGCCUGGGCUUUUGGAUGUUCUACUGGAACAUUUCUCCCGUUCUUUAUCUGAUAUGUUUGAAUCACCUGUAAAUGAAGACGAUCGUAAUUGGAAUCAAUCAGCAGAUGGUCCAGAAGUCGAUCUUGGUGCCGUGACACGUCCUAUUGAUCCUGAAGAUCGAACCAAAUUGCUUUCAUCAUCAAAUUACACGCUUUUGUCCAGACGAGGUCGUCCGGUAAAAAUUAUUCCGAGAGACGACGAUUUAUUUGUUUUAGACACAAGAAGAUCUUGGGAUCAUCAAGAUUGUGAAUCAGAAACUGAACCUUGGCAAGUCGAUAAUAACACAACUAAAUAUAUAGUAACGUGUUUUCAAUCUGAAAUAGGAACAGUGCCAUUCGCACGUCUUCUUCGAGAUGAAAAACCACCUUUGUUGCAAAAGGAAGUAGAGUGUACAGACUUGAAAGAUGAAACCAAAGCAGAUUCUGGUACGCUCGAAUCACUAGAAUUCUCUCAAAAAAUAACCGAAUCUGGGGAGAAGCCAAAAGAAACGAAUGAAAAGAAGCAAUUGGACAAGAAAAAGAAGACAAAGACUUUAAGUGAUGUUUUAUCAAGGAUUAAAAAGGAACCAGUUGAGAUGAACGAUCUUACGAGAGAAUUAUUCGAGAAAAAGAAUGACGGAUUUAAAAAAGAAUGUGAUACAGAAGCAAAAGUAAAUAACAAUAUGGGUGAACACUUUUCAGACAUGCAAAAGUCCGAAGAGGAACUUAUACUAGCACAAAAUGGUUUAAAUGAUACAACAAAUAAUAUUGAAAUGGAGAAAAAUGAGAUUAAAAUAGAAAAUGAAGAACAAGAAUCAGUAAUGAAAAAUGAUAAUAAGGAGGGACCAAGAUUAAAAAUAAGAGAUCCAGCAGGUACGUUGAAAAGAAGACGAAUAAGCGAUUAUGAGGAUGAAAGUUAUUCAAGGGACGAAGCAAGUUUAUAUCUUGUUACGGAAACACAAGAUAAUCUGGCUCGACGUUGUGUAUGUUUAUCCACAAUAUUAAGGAAUCUCACAUUUAUCCCGGGUAACGAGGCUGAAUUCGCUAAAAAUGUGACAUUUUUAAGUCUUCUUGGUAAGUUAUUGUUAUUGCAUCAUGAGCAUCCAGUGAGGACACAGAAGACAAGAAACUAUGAUCGCGAAGAAGAUGCAGAUUUCGCGGACUCAUGUAGUAGCUUACAAGGAGAGAGUGAAUGGUGGUGGGAUUUUUUGCAUCACAUAAGAGAAAAUGUGCUUGUCAUGGCAGCAAAUAUAGCUGGUCAUAUGGAUUUAAGUCAACAUCCAGAAGAAAUAUCUCGACCGGUAUUAGAUGGUCUUUUACAUUGGGCCGUGUGUCCGGCUGCUCAUGGACAAGAUCCUUUUCCUACAGUUGGUCCGAAUUCUUCUUUAUCACCGCAACGAUUAGCGCUGGAGGCUUUAUGCAAGCUUUGCGUAACAGAAUGCAAUGUGGAUCUGGUGGUUGCUACACCUCCAUACUCGAGACUCCAGAGACUUUGUUCGGUAUUGACCAGGUUACUUUGCCGAAGCGAAGAGCAAGUAUUGCGCGAAUUUGGCGUGAAUCUGCUCCAUUUUCUAUCCGCAGCAGAUAGCGGUGUGGCUCGUACAAUUGCUUUGCAGACACCUUGUGUAGCAUUGUUGGUAGCAUUCAUCGAGCAGGCAGAAUCGAGCGCAUUAGGAGUUGCAAAUCAGCAUGGAUUGGCAGCACUGCGUGAUAAUCCUGAAUCAAUGGGCACAAGUUUGGACAUGCUACGACGUGCAGCCGGCACAUUGCUAAAUCUUGCUAGGCAUCCUGAUAAUAGAACUCUGCUAUUACAACACGAAUCACGAUUACUCGCCUUAGUGAUGAGUCAAAUUUUAGAUCAGCAGGUGGCUGCGAUUGUUGCUCGUGUAUUGUUCCAGUGUUCCAGGGGCACGUAACUUUAUUUUAUUAAUGGAUGGUAUAUUCCUCUUCUUUUUUCGUUCUUGGUUGAUCCGCGGGUUUGUUUGUUUAGCCCCCUUGUGCAAAAAGUGAUCAAUUUUUGUGUCCAAAUAAGAGACACGAGAGACAGCUUGUAGAAAAAAGCUGCUGUUGCUGCUAUUCAUUUUAGGAAAUAUGAGAGCGAGAAAUGUUAGAAAGAUAGUUAAAACGAGUGCGAGUGAACAAAAAACAAGAUUAUAUAGAAGGAAAAUCGAUGAAAAAAAAUAAAAUGCGGGAUUUAGAGUGUGUAGAAAAGGAACAAAGUGUCGAUAUAACAUAACACCAUGUGGUUGUAAUUUUAUAUCGAAUAACAAAAAAGAAAACAACAGAGAAGUAAGAAAGUUAAUUAUCGGUGUUAGUAAGUUAAGGUAUACUACGACGCUGUUUACAUGAAUCGUGUCGAGUAUAUCUUUCCUACUUCAUGAAUUGGAAUAAUAUCGAUAGUGUAAGAUGUUUCAUAGUUAAUAAAAAAGGAAAAAAGAAUGCGAGGAAGAACUAAACUGUGAACAAAGAAAAGACGAAAAAUGGAAAAAUAAGAACUCAUAGAGAUAUAAACGGGGUGUAGUGAUAAAGGGAAGAUGGGAAGAGGGUAAAAAAGAAAAACAUAACAUGUUAAAAAGAUGAGAAAAAUGAAAUAAUCGUUAAGCAGCAUAAUAAUAUAUAAAAAAAAAAAGGAAUGAGAUAAAUGACGUUUAAACAACUAAGAAAGAAAUCUGUUUUGACGAACCUAAAAUGGUGCGAUGUGAACGAUAAAGAAUAUUGGGUGACGAUUAUAUAUAUAAAUAUUAACGAUAAUAUGAUGCAAAUUUUUAUAUUUGCAUGUUUUGUGCUGUAAUUAGCGAGUAAUUAAGAUAUUUUGUAGAUAACACACACUUCCAUUGAAUCUUAUUCGAAUUGCGCCGCGUCGUGUAAUAAGAUAACAAAAAAAAAAAUAAUAAAAGAUGAUGUAACACGGCUCGUACGCUCACGGUGGUUUCGCUUGCAGAUAAAAAAGAAAGAAAAUAAAGAAAACGUGGGCCACCAAGAGUCUCGACUUUAGAAGCACAGGCAAAACUAGAACUGAAGAAAGACAUUGCUAAAAAAAAAAGAGAGCAAGAAGGAAAACCGAUUAAUGAAUGAAUGUAAUGAAAGUUGAUGUAUGAAAGAAUGGAUGAAAGCAAGAAUGAUAAGAGAUUCAAAAAUAGAAAAGGAAAUGGAGAAAAAGAUUGAUAAAUAGCGUGAUCAUUUUGCUGUUAGAAUUAUGAAGAAAAGAUUAAAUUUGAAUGAGAAUCAGUAUGCAUGUAUGUAUGUGAAUGAAUAAAAAGACGAAAAAAAUAAUAAAAGAAAAAAUAAAUAAGAAGUCAGAAAAGCAUAAGUGAAUGACAAUUUGAAUCGAUUCGUCUUUUAAAUGCGUGUAUAUGUAUGUAUGUAACAGAGACAGAAAGAAUGGUUGUGCGCAGUUCAUGCAUCUUCUCGUGCUUUUGAUCAUGCGUGAAGGAAAGUUUGUGAGUUGUAUAAUGAUAGUGAAAGCAGCGAGUGUCUUGGCUGUAUGCAUGAAGGAUGGGGUGCUGGUAGAAAAAGGGGUGGGGAAUAGUGUCUGUCAAAUAAAUGAAACUAUUGUUCACAUAUUUUAUAUAUAUAUAUAUAUAUGUAUGUAUGUAUGUAUGUAUGUAUGUACGUGUGGAUGUGGGUGUGGGUAUGUAUGUAUAUAUAUAUAUAUAUAUACAUAUAUAUAUAUAUAUAUGUAUGUAUGUAUGUAUAUAUGUAUGUAUAUAUAUAUAUAUAUAUAUAUAUGUAUGUAUGUAUGUAUGUAUGUAUGUGUGUGUGUAUGUAUGUAUGUAUGUAUGUAUAUAUAUAUAUACUGUGAGCGCAUUAUGUGUAUACAUGUAUGCGCAUAUAUAGAUAUACACGCGCGCGCGUGGUAUAUAUAUGCAUAUAGUAUGUGUAUCAUGUGUAUAUUAUAUAUAUAUAUAUAUAUAAUAUACAUGUACAUAUAUAUAUAUAUAUAUAUAUAUAUAUAUAUAUAUAUAUAAAUCUUAUACAAAGAAAAGAUCGAGAGCAAAAUAUUAAAUGAUGGACAAGUGGCAGCUUAAUAUACUUGCGUACCUUAGAUAAAAUGCUAUCCCAUUUCUAAUUAAAAAUUAUCGAAAUAGUAUUCACAUGUUAUUUUUUUUUUUUUAAUGGGCUUUGUUUUAUUAUUAUUUCAUUCCUAAUUAUACUUUUUUGCAAUUUUCUAUAUAAAAGAAAAUUCUUUGAAUCAGCAAUAUUUAUUUCAGUUUUCAGAAUAAAUUUACUUAUAUAUAAAUAUAAUUAAAUGCCAUUGUGAUCAAAUUUGAACACGUAUUAAAUAAUGAAUAUGAGUUCAAAGAAAACAAAACUAGUAGUAACAACUUUAAAAAAAAAGAAAAAUGUACGAAGUAGAGAAAGACUGAGAGUAGGAGAGAAAGAGAGGGAAUGAGAGAGAGUGUGAGAGGGAGAGAGGGAAAUGGAGAAAGACAGUUUUUAAUAAUGUAUUGAAAUUAUGUAAUGUAUUCCAAACAAUAUGCAGAGAAGUUUAAACAUAGAAUUUUCGGAUCGAAGCUCUCGAUCGUGCCAUUUAAGUGAUUCCAAUGGGACAUAUUUAUAAUCAUGAAACUUAUGCUUUUCAAAGCGCAUAUGUUAUUGUAAACGGAAAAAAUCUAACAAGUACUAUUCCCCCCAUUGUCAGCUUUUUGCACAUAUUUCGACGGUUUUUGCAUAUACAUUUAUCUAAUGUAAUGGAAUGAAAGAAAAAAGCGAGAAAAAACCACUCUCAUUUUUAAUGUCCGCCGAAACGACAAUUUACAUUUGAUUUCAUCAUUGCACACCUAUGCCGGUACUUCCUUUUCUCAUUUUGUAGAAACGGAUUUCACAAAUAAGAUGAUCGGUGUUUUGGUUCUCACAAGGGUAGCAUAUGUAAAAUAAAAAAAAAACAAGGAAAAGUGAAAAUAUUCAGAUUCGAUUUUAUUUAAGAGAUAAACAGGUAAGGAGGAUAAAAGAAGAAUAGAAGAAUAAUGAUGAGGUAAAAACAUUAAAACAGAACACUUUCCCUAAUCCCAGCUUCUCCCUGACCCCAAAAAGUAUCCUACUCUAUAGAUAUCUAAAUACGUGUAGUUCUUAAAUUAUUUACUUUAGUUCGAGUGGAGAUGCCUGUAAGUGUAAUUUACUAAGACUUUUUGUAAAUAAAUUAUGAAAUAAACUAGACGUACUUUAUCCAAAUGACUAUAAUAUGUAGAUAUGUCUAACUCUUUGACACAUAAAUCCAUGAUAUAUAGAAACUAGUUAUAAGAGUAUGAGAAUAUGUAUGUAUAUGAAUAUUUUAAAUUUCGUGAUAUUACAGAAAAUUUCUAAACUACAUGAAAGUUGAAUUAUAUGAAAAAAACCAUUGUAUUUGUAGAAGAAAUGAUAAUGUUGCUUUUAGAUGUAGGUUUUCAAUAUAAACACAAGGAGGUA